AUGGGCCAAGCACAAGAGGAAGAAGCGCUCAAAGCCACCAUCAUCUCCCACGCUCGCGUCAUCUACGGCCCCAAGUACCCCGCCGGCUCCGUGUUCGACGUUGUCACCAGCUGCGAGUAUCUGAGCACUGUGUCCCAUGUCGUCGUUUACCCCAAAACAAAGCCGUACUCAGCUGGCGAAGUCGUAUCCGCCGAGCACAAGGUAGUCCUGUUCUCCCAAAAACUCAGUCGAGUGGAAGAAACCUACCACAACCUGCUCCAGCAUCUGCGUUCCAAGAUAGCCGCUGCGUUGAGUACCUAG